AUGGGUGACAAGCGACUCAACGACCUCCUACGAUGGAGCAUCGAAAACACUGAGAGCACCGAGUUUCCAAAUGGCCCCUCCACCGGAGCUGAAGCCCAAGCACCACCUCCGACAAACCUCACUCCGGAGCUGAUGGCCGCUCUCAUGGGUGGCCCCUCCGAUGCCGACCUGAUGAAGGGCUCCAUGGAACUCAUCAACGAUCCCGAGGUUACUCUGGAAAACAAACUCAUCGCCUUUGACAAUUUCGAGCAACUCAUUGAGAACCUCGACAACGCCAACAACAUCGCCAACCUUGACCUGUGGACCCCGCUGCUCGAGCACCUGCGCAACGAGGAGCGCGAGCUGCGCAAGAUGGCGGCCUGGUGCGUCGGCACGGCUGUCCAGAACAACGAGCGCACACAGGAGCGUCUGCUGGCCAUGGGCGGACUGACGCCUCUGGUUGAGAUGGCGCUGAAGGAGGACGAGGCCGAGGACGUUCGGCGCAAGGCAAUCUAUGCGCUGAGCUCCGCCGUCAGGAAUUACCAGCCUUCGAUGGAUCUCUGCACGGACGAGCUGAACAAGAGAGGGUUUACUGCGGCGAAGACUGACGCUGCGGAUAUGGAUGCCGUUGAUGUUGUCAUUCACGGUCUCAGGGAAAAGGUCAAGGCUGCGGCUUCUGCUUAG